UGUUGGUUGCGAACAGGACAUACUGAACACAGCUGGUGCCAAUCACUAGCUGGGAGAUUUACUCACACCCGUUAGUUGGUUUUCUGCAUUUCGGCGCAGCAGUUGUUUUCACAUCGUAAGUGUGUUGACAGUCGCAGCCCUGCAUUCCAAAAAAGGAAGACGAGUACUUCACCAUGAGCUCAGAGGAUGGUGAGACAACACACAAGUAAUCUGUCCUCAGGUCACAUGGCAGUCAGUCUGACUGCCCCUUCCGCCGCUGCAGGUGACAUGGAGAACCAGGCCGAGAGGGAAGAGAAGACGAGGCUUAUCAACCAGGUGUUGGAGCUUCAGCACACGUUAGAGGACCUUUCUGCCAGAGUAGAUGCUGUCAAAGAGGAGAACCUGAAGCUGAAGUCCGAGAACCAGGUUCUGGGUCAGUACAUUGAGAACCUCAUGUCUGCCUCCAGUGUCUUCCAGACCACUGACACCAAGAACAAACGAAAGUAAGGAGAACCUCUGAGACCUUUGAUCUAGGACCCCACAGACAUUCCAUAACUUGACUCCAAUGAUCAACAUCGUGGAUCCACUAAUACUGCCUAAAACCUGUGUCUGAGGGUACAUCCCAAGUCUCUUAAUUGUCAUUUCCUUGCUCCUCGAUUGUCGCUUGAACCGGAAGUUGUUCUGCUCCA